AUGGCGUCUUCUGCUAUGAAGGCGGUGGCGGAGAAGGUCGGACCUGCAGCUCGUAAGCAGGUUCUGUCAAUGACCGAUGCUGCCGCUGAGAGGAUACGUUACUUGCUAAACCUCCGGAAGCGGCCUUACCUCAGGCUUGGUGUCAAGCCGCGUGGCUGCAAUGGUCUAUCCUACACCCUUAACUAUACUGGUAAAAGUAUGAAAAAGGCUAAAUUUGAUGAACUGGUUGAGGACAAGGGUGUCAAAAUACUGGUUGAUCCUAAAGCUCUUAUGCAUGUAAUUGGAACAAAGAUGGAUUAUGUUGAUGACGCACUGAAGUUAGAAUUCAUAUUUAUCAAUCCCAACUCGAAAGGGCAAUUUGGGUGCGGGGAAUCCUUUAUGACAAGAAGCAGCACUCCAAAUGCUAAACCAGCCAGUCCACAACACAAUUCUUCUGUGGCAUCUUAA